AUGAAUUUCGUCGAGAAAAAGACCGAUCCCAGCAUGGAGGUCAGAGAUGUAUUGCUGGAUUACACUCUGAAUUAUCUCCUGGACCAGCCUCAGGACGUGCUGUCCUACACCAUCGAUUUCUUCCGCCGUUUACAGGGAAGAAAGACGGUCGUGGUACCAAACGAAGCUACAGGACGAAAUCCGUCAACGUCGUCCUCAUCAUCCAGCGAAGGUCCCGCUCCCAGGAACAGGAACGAACGCAGACGAUGCGUUUUCGCCGAAACGUAUGAUCCUGAAGACGACGAUGAUGAAGAUUACGAAAAAGUCGUCCAUCCAAAAACAAAAAAGCAACGCGCAUGGCUAUCGAAAGAACUGAAACACAUAUUUCUCUUCAGAGCAUUGGACGCUAAACAUAUCGAAGAAGUCCUAGACGCCAUGUUUUUCAAAGGCGUCAAAUCAGGCGACGUGAUAAUCAAACAGGGCGAAGAUGGAGAUAAUUUUUACAUCAUAGAGAAAGGGGUGUACAACGUCUACGUUACCUCGCGUCCAGGUGAAAGGGCCACCCUCAUCAAGACAUACGACGAGAAAGGUAGUUUCGGGGAGUUGUCUCUCUUGUACAACCAACCCCGUUAUGCGACAAUAAUCGCCGAAACAGAGGGCACCCUCUGGGGCAUGGAACGGAUGGCGUUUAAACGAAUAGUCCUAAAGGCAACGUACUUGAAACGGAAAAUGUACGAAAAAUUUUUGGCAGAUGUACCUCUUCUCCAAAAACUGUCCCAGUACGACCUGAUGAACCUGGCGGAUGCCCUGGUGCCGAUGACAUUCAAACCGAACGACAUAAUAAUAAAGGAGGGCGACAAACCGGACGGGAUGUACUUCGUGGAAGAAGGGGUCGUGAAAAUUGCCGUUCUGGACGACUACGGCGAGUACGCGCCUAUUAACCUCAUCGAGAAUGGAGGCUAUUUUGGGGAGAUGGCGCUCAUCACUGAUAAACCUAGAGCCGCAUCCGCGUUUGCCGUGGGCGACGUCAAAGUUGCCUUUUUGGACUUGGACGCGUUCAACAGAUUGUUGGGAUCGUUGAUUGGAGAAAUGGAAGAGCAUUUCGAGAGUUACGCAGAAGUAAGAACGAAUGCGUUAAACGAGAGCCGGAGUCAUAACGAAUUCUCUUAA